AUAGAAGAUACAAAGGAAUUAUAAGGAGACAUUUGGAAAACUUAAACUUAAAGGUCUACUUUGUAGACCACUGAGCCAAAACGAGUGAGAAAAUUGAUCAUUAGUAAUCUUAAGUAAAGGGUCGUGGGGCACUGUGAUCUACUCAGACCCAGCAGACAUUCUGAACUCCCAGAAAAGAGUUAAAGAGGACAAGUGGAUUUGGGGUCCAAAGAGGAACUGUCCCUCCCAAAGAAAGACCCUUGUGAGGUCUGUAAAAAUCUUCAGUGUCCUCCCAGAAAAAUGCACAUUGAAGAAUGAUGGAAGCUCCUGAAUACCUUGACUUGGAUGAAAUUGAUUUUACUGAUGAUAUAUCUUAUUCGAUAACAUCCCUUAAAACAAUCCCAGAGCUAUGCAGAAGAUGUGAUGCAACAAAUGAAGACAGAUCUGUUUCCGGAGCACCGUGGAAUUGUGGAGUAUCAAGUCUUAUUGGCAAUACACAAAAGCCAACAGGGAUUGCAGAUGUAUACAGUAAAUUCAGACCCGUGAAGAGAGUUUCUCCAUUAAAACAUCAACCAGAAAGCCCUCAAAUCAAUGAAAGUGAUGACCAGAAAGAGAAGAAAGAUGAAAAUGAAAAAUAUGUUGACCUUGAAAAGAUCCCAGAGAGCUCCUCUGGAGACGAUGUGGACUUUAAAAGUAAGAAUAUUGAAUCAAAUGGUUUGCCUGGGGAGCUUGAGCAUUAUGACCUAGAUAUGGAUGAGAUCUUGGAUGUGCCUUAUAUCAAAUCUAGCCAACCUAUGACUCUGUUUACAAGAGUUGCAUCUGAAAAACGGACUUCUAGCAUCUACCCAGGAAAGGCUGGUUCUAUGGGAAACUUGGAGAACCAGCCAACCAAUGCCACACAGUUUUGUGUAUUGUCCCCUGUUAAGAACUCUUCACAGGCUUCUGUUCUUGAUCAGAGCAGGCAUUCAUCAGGAGGAUUAGAGCUAUCCCAGGCUAGCAUUCAGUGUGGUUCACUCCUUGAUUCUGAAUACCAUAAUAAGGGCUUCCUAAAUAGGACACUUUCUGAUUCCCAUGCACAGAAAAGUGAAAAAAGCACACCGAACUGCCAGCAUAGAGCUUUCCAUCUGCAGACAACCACUGCUGACACACAACUGGAUGGGUUAAACGGUAAUCUCAACUGGACAUUAUCUGAAGGUGAAGAUAUGAAGAAAAUUAAGAGCAUAAUCAAUAUUGUGAAAGAAGGGCAAAUAUCUUUACUGCCUCAUAUCGCCGUAGAUAAUUUAGAUCAAAUCCAUGAUGAAUGCGGGAACAAUCUUUUGCACCUCGCAGCAGCCUAUGGACAUGCUGAAUGCUUGCAGCAUCUGACGUCCUUGAUGGGGGAAGACUGUUUAAGUGAGAGGAACGAAGAGAAGCUGACACCGGCUGGUUUAGCAAUAAAGAAAGGUCAGCUGGAGUGUGUACGGUGGAUGGUGAGUGAAACAGAAGCCAUUGCAGAGUUAAGCUGUACGAAGGAUCACCCGAGCCUUAUUCACUAUGCAGCCAGCUAUGGCCAGGAAAAAAUACUACUGUGGCUUCUACAGUUUAUGCAAGAACAGGGAAUUUCUUUGGAUGAAAUUGACAAAUGUGGGAACAGUGCUGUUCACAUUGCAUCUCAACAUGGAUACUUGGGUUGUAUACAGACUUUGGUAGAAUAUGGAGCAAAUGUGACCAUGCAGAACCAUGCCGGGGAGAAGCCAUCUCAAAGUGCCGAACAUCACGGUCAUACUGUGUGUGCCAGAUACCUGGUGGUGGUGGAAACCUGCAUGUCGCUGGCAUCGCAAGUCGUCAAACUCACUAAACAGCUAAAAGAGCAGACGGCAGAGCGUAUCACUUUACAGACGCACCUUCAACAGCUACUGGAAGCACAGAGGACUGAGAGCAGAUCCCUGCCAACUUCCCCUAGUUCACCUUCCUCCCCUGCUUCGAGCAGCGGCCAAUGGAAAACAACAGAAUCUGAUGAUGUGACACAAAAGAACAAACUCAACAGUAUUCACGAAAGUUAUCAAAGCCUAGGGUCUACAAUUCCUAGCAGACUACGGUGUAGAACACUGGAUGAUGAAUCUGAUAAAAUCUUGCGCCAGCUACUGGGGAAGGAGAUUGUAGAGAAUGCCUCCACACUGCCUGUUUCUGAAAAAUGUACACUAGAACUUCAAGAUCAAAGUCAAACAAGUCGAAUCGGGAAAAAGAUACCACCUGAAAAGAGAGAGUUUAAGCUAGCACGUCUACGACAACUUAUGCAAAGGUCUCUCAGCGAGUCUGAUACAGACUCAAAUAAUUCAGAAGAUCAAAAGAAUACUCCAGUCCGAAAAAUUGAUAAGCCAAGACCACAACCAAUAGUGGAAAAUGUGGAAAAUGCUGAGAAUCUUCAGCUAAUGAUAAAAAGACAUACUCAAUCAAGCAAUGCAAAUCGACGAUUUCCAUUUGCAAUGAAAGCUUCCAAAUCAGUGGAUGGUCAUAGUCCAUCCCCAACAUCUGAAAGCAGUGAUCCAGACUAUGAGACUCAUUACCAAAUGGGGAGCCUAUCACAAUCUUUAGGACCAACAGAGUCUUCUAGUCCCACAAGCGGCAGCUCCUCUGCCCAAAAAACAACUAGCCCUAAAAGUGCUUUAAAGUCUCCCUCUUCGAAACGCAGGACUUCACAAAAUCUGAAACUUCGAGUGACUUUUGAGGAACCCGUGGUUCAGGUGGAACAGAUUGAGGGAGAACCACAUUCAGAAAAAGAUAAAGACAGUGGCAAAACUGUUCAAAAGUCUUCUUCUACUAAUGAAACUGGUGAACAUCAAAAAAGACCAUUUGGUGCAUUUCGUUCAAUCAUGGAAUCUUUUAGUAGCAACCAAAACAACAACAAUAAUUACCAAACAGUCAAUGUUGCCAAAACAUCGUCAUCACUACCCUUUACCUCAAUAGGAAAGAAGUCAGCUGACACAAAGUCAUCUUCUACAAAUGGCACCAAAGGAAAGAAUAAAACGGAGCCUUUCACCUGCUAUGCCAAUCAUUGCUCUAGGGUACUGCUUGAGGACCUCCUUCCUAAUCAUGCAUGGCGUGAUGCAGUUGAUGGGACUUUAAAGAUUUUAUACAAUGGAAAUACUGCAGAAGACGAAGAGAUGCAAGAAUUAUUUCUCUAAUUAUUUGAAACUCUUCAAAUUGAACAAUCACCAGCAAUAUUGUGUUUUUACAGAUGCCUUACAUUUAUAAUGUCAUUGUGUUUCCAAGGUUGUAAACAUAUAAGUUGUUUUUAGGCGUGGGGCAACUUUCUCAUUCCCUACUAAAUGUUAGGUAAACAUUAUUUGGUUUUAUCUUGUUCUUAUCACAUGUCCACAAAAGAUCUGCAUCUUCUGACUCAGAUUCGCUCAUCUACGUGCCUCAUAUUGCAAUGAAUUUUGAAUAAUGGUAAAUGGUAUUUAUUGUUGACAACAAAGUGUGUUCUGUUGCUCGUAACGAUACCAGAAUAUGUGACCUUUAUAAUAUUAUUCUGUUCUGUAUGUACUCUUCGUAACUCAUUUGUUAUUAGACCAA